AUGCCUGUCACUGCGUCGAAGGCCGCUCGUAUGGCCAAGAAGGCCGAGAAGGGCGAGAAGAAGACCGCCGCCUCCAGACUGUCGUCCAAGGCCGGUUCUAAGAAUGCUUCCACCAACGGCUCGAAAGCCUCCUCUGUCGCUGGUGACGAUGAGGCACCUAUGCUCUCUGGAGAUGAGGAGGACUCUGGAGAAGCUCCUGCCACCAAGAAGGAGCAAAUGGACAAGGUUAAGAAGUUGACGGAGCAGAUGGACAAGCACGGUCUGUCAGACCGGGUGACCACGGGCGUUCUCGCCUCUCAGGAGGCCAACAGAGACGUCAAAAUCACUUCCACAUCCUUGGUAUUUCACGGCAAGGUUUUGAUUCAGGACAGCAUCCUCGAAGUUAACGCUGGCCGACGUUACGGUCUGCUGGGUGAGAACGGCUGUGGCAAGUCAACCCUGCUGAAGGCCAUUGCUAAACGCGAGUAUCCCUUCCCCGAGCAUGUCGACAUUUAUCUGCUCAACGAGGGCGCUCCUGCUACAGAUCACGGCGCUCUUGAGUGGGUUAUUAAGGAGGCAGAGAAGGAGGUCCAAAGACUGGACGAUCUGGCCGAGAGAAUCCUCGAAGACGAGGGUCCCGAGAGCCCGACUUUGCUCGAUAUCUAUGAGCGAUCGGAGGCGAUGGAUCCUAGCACCUUCGAGACCCGUGCUUCCCUCAUCUUGACUGGUCUUGGCUUCAACAAGAAAACUAUCCACAAGAAGACCAAGGAUAUGUCUGGUGGAUGGCGAAUGCGUGUCGCUCUUGGCAGAGCUCUCUUCGUCAAGCCUUCGCUACUACUACUAGACGAUCCGACCGCCCAUCUUGAUUUGGAGGCCUGCGUGUGGCUUGAAGAAUACAUGAAGAAAUGGGAUAAGACCCUGAUCCUCGUGUCACACUCUAUGGACUUCCUAAACGGUGUUUGCACCAACAUGAUCGACAUGAGACAGAAGCAGCUCAUCUAUUAUGGUGGCAACUACGAUUCUUAUGUCAAGACCAGAAGCGAGAACGAGACCAACCAGCAAAAGGCAUACGUCAAGCAGCAAGACGAAAUCGCCCACAUCAAGAAGUUUAUUGCUUCGGCCGGUACCUAUGCCAACCUUGUUCGUCAGGCAAAGUCUCGUCAAAAAAUUCUUGACAAGAUGGAGGCCGAUGGCUUCAUUCAGCCUGUUGCUCAAGAUCGUGUCUUCACUUUCCGCUUCGCUGAUGUUGAUAAGCUUCCGCCUCCAGUUCUGUCAUUUGACGACGUGUCGUUUGGGUAUUCCGGCAAGAAGGAAGACAAUCUAUAUGAGAACCUCGACCUUGGUAUCGAUAUGGACAGCAGAACAGCUCUAGUCGGCCCCAACGGUGUCGGCAAGUCUACUCUUCUUCGUUUGAUGACGGGCAAAUUGUCCCCUACCAGUGGCGUGGUGAACAGACACACCCACCUGAAGAUGGGCCUGUACUCGCAGCAUUCAGCCGACCAGCUAGACCUGACUAAGUCGGCUCUUGAUUUCGUCCGCGACAAGUUCUCCAGCGUCUCCCAGGACUACCAAUACUGGCGUCAGCAACUUGGUAAGUAUGGCUUGUCCGGCGAGUCUCAGACUGCCCUUAUGGGUACUCUUUCAGAAGGUCAACGCAGCAGAGUCGUGUUCUCUCUGCUCGCCAUCGAAAGCCCCAACAUGCUCCUUCUGGACGAGCCUACUAAUGGCCUCGACAUUCCCACCAUCGACAGCUUGGCUGACGCUAUUAACGCCUUCUCGGGUGGUGUCGUGGUAGUGUCUCACGAUUUCAGGUUGUUGGACAAGAUUGCUAAGGAGAUCAUGGUCUGCGAGAACAAAACCGUCACUAGGUGGGAAGGCACGAUUACCGAAUACAAGAACCACUUGCGAAAGAAGAUGCUCGCACGAGGCGCCGUCUAG